AUGCCCGAAGCUUGGAGGCGAGCCUUCUGCCACCCCCAGCAGCUACCUCGUUCCGCCGCCAAGAUGAACAUUCUCUUCCUCUGCACGGCGCACAACUCGUUGUCACAACGCCUCUACCUGGCCCUGGCCAAGACACACUCUGUCACCAUCGAGUAUGCUCUCUCCGACCAAGCCAUGGUCGAGGCUGUCGCUUUGGCCCAGCCCGACCUCAUCAUCUGCCCGUUCCUUACAUCCCGGGUGCCCAACGAGAUUUACCUCAACUACCUCACACUCAUCGUCCAUCCCGGCCCGCCAGGUGAUGCCGGCCCUAGCGCCCUCGACUGGGUGCUCAUGGGCGACGACGGUUCCGAGACAUCAGUCGAUUAUCUCCUCCAGUCUUCGGCGCCUGCACGGCCGGGGCGCUCCCACUGGGGUGUCACCGUCCUCCAGGCUGUAGAGGAGUUCGACGCCGGCCCCGUCUGGGCCUUUGAGCAGUUCCCCAUCGAUAUCGAUGCCCCGGACGCCACCAAAUCUAACCUCUAUCGCGGGCCUGUGACACGAGCAGCCCUCACCGCCACUCUGGCAGCCCUCGAGCGCAUCUCAACCGCAGCCUCUCGUCACACCAACGUCCUCACGCCUCCACCAUCGCCAGGACGUGAGAAGUCGAGUCCGUUGGUCCGCGCCAGCGCCAUCUCGCCCCGCAUCCAAGCCGAUCCCGUGUACCGGCAACUUUCGGUCACACUGCAGCAGUCUUUCCUCGGCGGUGUGACGCGACAUCGACCACUUCUCAAAGCGUCCCAGCGCGACUUCGACAUGACGAAACACACAGCGCGCGAUAUCUCACGCAGAAUCCGGUCCGCUGACUCUCAACCCGGCUGUCUCACUGGGCUGUUUGGAAGCAACCUAUUCGUCUACGGCGGCACCGUUGAGGAAGCAGGUGACCUGCUCGAGGGACAACCCCAAGCGGGCACCAUCAUCGCCUGCCGAGAUGAGGCCAUUUGCGUCGCGACGUGUGACGGCAAGGGCAUCUGGAUCUCGCACAUCCGGCGCACCAAGCGAAAGGUCGACGCAAUGCUGUGGCCCAAGGUGCCCGCCGUGUCGGGACUCCGCGAGCUCGGCCUCCUAGACGAUGCCACCUUCAGCCGCACCCAAGUACCGCGUGCCACUGUCGACUGGUCUAAGGCUGCGGCGUCUACGCAUCAGGAGAUCUGGGUCGACUUUACGUCCAUGCCGGGCGCCCGACGCGUGGCGUUCGUCUACUUUGAGUUUUACAACGGCGCCAUGAGCACGAGCCAAUGCGACCGCCUCGUCGAGGCCCUCGAAUUCGUCGCGCGUACACACCUUGUCGAGCGGCCCCUGAGCGCCGUGGUGCUGAUGGGCGGCAACUCCUACUUCAGCAACGGCAUCGCGCUCAACGUCAUUGAGGCGAGCGCCGACCCUGGCCAGGAAUCAUGGCGGAACAUCAACCGUAUCGACGACGUGGUGCAGUGCCUGCUCGACGACUUCCCCAGGCGAAACAUCAAGACUGUUGCAGCGAUUCGAGGGAAUUGCGCCGCUGGCGGCGUGGCUCUGGCGGCCGCUUGCGACGUCGUGAUUGCUGGCUCGGAAACAGUACUGAACCCGGCCUAUCGUGCGCUGGGUCUUCACGGGUCAGAAUAUCACUCUCUCUCGUACACUGGACGAUGUGGCGUCGAUGGCGCGAGGAGGCUGCUGCGCGACAUGACGCCACUUUCGGCCUACGACGCGCGAGCUAUGGGCUUGAUCGAUCACAGCCUGCCCGGCUCUGGCAAGGUCCUCGACGCCAGGGUUCGAAACCAUGUCAAGGCCAUGGUGUGCGGCAGCAACGCCUACACACCAGGCAAGUGGAAGAGCAACGUCGACGUCUCGCCGGCGGGCCACGCCGCGGCGCGCGCACAGGAGCUCGGCGAGAUGGCCAAAGACUUCUGGAGCGCUCGUGCCGCGCGAUACCACGAGCGCAGGCGAGACUUUGUCCGCAAGAUCAAGGCGCGCAGGACCCCGCUGCGCUUCGCGGGUCACAGGCGCCUCGCUGGCGUCCUCGACGAGGAGGAGUCCGACUCGUUCGACGACGUGGGUGCGUUUGAACGGCGCGCCCUCGACAGGCUCGUCGAGGAGCGUUUGAGGCAGGUCAUGCCCAUGAGCCCCACGGACAGCGCGCUGGGAUCUGUGGACGGCGACCACCACGCGAAGGCGCUGGCGCCGACGGUCAUUUGCGCCGAUGUGCCGACGCGAGACCUGGGGCCCGUGUUCUCGUGUUACUAUGGGUCGGCUUAA